AUGCCCAAAACGUGGUUGCCCGACGCGUCGAGCCGAGGCUCGAGCUUUGACACGGCCAUGACAACAAGCGAAUUCGCCGAGCCUGAGCCGUCCAAGCUCCUCUUUGAUUACGCAAUUCUCUUUAAAGUCGGUCGGAAAGGCGCUGGCGGUGUCAAAGUCCAGGAUCUCCACGCAACGCACUUUGACGUCGAGAUCAUCAGCAAGGUCCAAGACGUUUCGAAGCGACUGCUCGCUGCCGGGCUUCAUGUGCGCCUCGAGACGCGCUGGAGUGAGAAGAAGAAGGCGCAGGCCAGCCACCUCAAAGUACUCCUUCUCGUCUUUGCCCCCGAGCCGCUCUUGUCGCGUCUGCGCAAGAAGCUCGAGAUCGAGCGCUGGAUCGAAGGCGGGCGGUACGGCGAACACAUCCUGAACCUCUCAACGCCGGCGCUCACGGCAGCCGACCGUCUCGUGCUGGUCGAUCGCUUGCUGUACACGCCCGUGAGCGACGGCGGCGUCGGCCUCAACGACAGCAGCGACGUCUACAAGGCGUUCCCGCUGCACGACGAUGCGUUCAACCGCGACGUCCUUGGCUGCUGGUUUUACGAGUGGCGCGAUUACUUCCGCAACAACGACCGCCAUAUCGAGAAGAUCCGGCUGCAUUUCGGUGAAAAAACUGGCUUGUACUUUGCCUACAUGGACUUUUACACCAAGUGGCUCGUGCCACUCGCGCUCUGGGGCGUCGGCAUCUACCUUGUCUCGGCGUUCUCGCCGACCGCGUACUUUCAGCUCCUUGCGGUCACUGGUAUCUUUGUCUCGACACUCUGGGGCACACUGUUUCUGAUCUUUUGGAAGCGCCGACGCGCGGCCAUUCGGCUCAAGUGGGGCGUCGGGCAGCUCGAGCACGUCAACGUUCCGAACCGCGCGUUCCACGGCGUGCCACGUAUGGAUCCGGCGACCGGCGUCGUUAAAUUGCACUACCCGAAGUACAAGCGCCGCCUCAAGUACGCCGUCGGAUACCUCAUCUUGCUCGCGUUCAUCGCUGUCGAGACCGUCGUUACCAUCGGGUUUGUCGACUUGUAUUUUCUUCAAGUCGGGCUGCGCGGGGGGUGCUCGACAACUGGCUUUGAAAAUUGGAUUCUCGUGCUCUGUCAAGGCAUUUUGCUCGGUUUGGUGGUCGACAUUGUGCAGUACCAACUCUUCCGCGUCAUUGCGGUCGCGCUCACCAACUGGGAAAAUCACCGGACGGAGAAGCGCUACGAGAGCUCGCGGGCACUCAAGAUUUUUUUGUGGGAUUUCUUCGGUAUUUACUCGUGGUUUUGGAUGUGUGCGUUCGUCUACAUCCCGUACGGCCAGCAGUUUAGCGACCUUUUGAACGAGUCUCACAUUUUGCCGUGGCCCUCGAGCUACCGCCCCGGCCUUCUUGUCCUCGGCAAUAUCUUUGUGACGCCGCUCGUCGUGACCCAAGGCCUCAAGAUCGUCUUUGAGAAAAUGAUUCCCUACUAUCUCUUGCGCGGUGCUAAGAAAGCCUUGGGCUCCAAGGACAACUACGACGUGUACCACCACGCCGGACCCAGCAAUGUCGCGUCGCCGCGCGUCACGGACCUUCUCGUCUCGGGGCUUCGCACGGUCGGUCGCAAACUCUCGUCCAGUCCUCGUAAAGAGCGCGCCCAGUCCACGGCUGAGCUCAACGCGGACGACGAAACGCCUCGGAAAGGCCGGCACCUCAUCGCGGGGCUCAAGGUGCCCGGUCCGCAGACGCAGGCGUUCCUCGAGCAGCGCAAACGGUUCGUGGACCGCGUCCUCGAGCAAGGCCGCCAGUCGCCGCACGACAACUUUGCCGACUAUGCCGACACGUGUGUGCAGUUCGGCUAUGUGUCGCAGUUUACGUGCAUUUGGCCCUUUAUUCCGCUCUGCGCCGUCGUCAACAACCUCUUUGAAGUGCGCUCGUCAGCGUUUCAGCUCGCGUACACGUCGGCACGCCGCGUGCCCCAGCGCACGAGCUCGAUUGGGUCCUGGAACCUCUUCCUCAAGUUCAACAACAUGUGGGCCAUCUUCAUCAACAUCGCGCUCGUCUGCUACGCGAGUGGACUUCUCGAGUCGUUCUAUCCUGGCUGCAACGUCGCGCUCGGUCAAGUCGGAUACGGCGACCACCUUCCACCGCUCGUGCCCAACUUUACGUGCCUUGCGGAUGCCGAUCGGUUCCGGAUCUUUCUGAUCCUCGAGCACACGUGCGUGAUGGUGUACGCGGCCUUGUACCUCGUGAUUCCGUCCCUGCCGUCGGACGUCAAGCGCGUCAUGCGCAAGAAGGACAAAGAGAUCAAGGAGCACUUUGUGUCGCAGCUCCACGUCGCCGCGCCGCGCUCGUUCGUGCCGUCGUCGCAGGUGCACGCACGCAGCGUCGCGCUCACGUCCGAGCUCAAGACCAUCUUGUGCCGCGUCGACAAGGCGCUGCGCACGCGUCACCCGGCGGUGUGA